AUGGACCUAAAGCCGGAUGAAGCCUGGGCUCAGAUAGGUGGUCUAAGUCAGCAGAUAACAGGGCUCUGUGGCAGCCAGGAGAAGUCAGCCACCCAGCUGCUUCAACUUCAGGAUACCUUGAAGCAAUCAGAACAGGGAAAAAGAGAGAUGUCAGAGUGCUUGCAAGAGACGCAGACAGCCCUUUCCUUGCAGGAAAAAGUAGCAUGUCGCACAGAGAGGGAGAAGAGACUCCUUGAAGCGGAGGUAGCUCGAUUCAGGACUGGUCUGCAAGCUGCUGAGGCCGAGUCCAGGGCACUGCAAGACAAGCUGGAGCUCUUUCAGGGUUUACAAUCAGGUGCAAAAGUAGAACAGCAGAAUCUAAAGGAGUCUCUACAAGCAGCAGAGGGCAGGCUGAGCUGUCUUGAGCUCUCCCAGCGCACUCGGGAAGGAGAGCUGCAGAGGGCCCAGCUCAGGGCUGCAGAACUGGAGGCAGAGUCAGGGGCCCUGCAGGAGAGACUGACAGAGCUGAGGAGGAAGCUGGGAGAGAGCGAGGAGCGCGGUGUCACGCUGAGGCCUCAGUGA